CCUCAACCGCCUCCAAGAUCAGGCUCUGACCUUGCUCUGAGGGAUGAUUUAAAAGUGGUGGGAAGCCGUCACGCCGAAAUCCCCGAAUGCUUUCUCUCCAUAUCAGAUGCUCAUGAAUGCUUCGAAUACCACGUUGGCCGACUAUCUCAGGAGUAUUCAGCAAUGGAGUCAAACAAAGCAGACAUGGCUUUGGACAAGUCUGUCAAUUUCAUGCAGCAAGCCGAAGCCCUUAUAGCCAAGUGGUCGUCCGCCCUGUAUCGUUUUGAGGAGUCUCGUGGUUCUCAGCUCACCUACAGGGAUUCCAUCGGUUUGAAGACCCUACGAAUCUAUCAAUGCUGGCGACUGGUAAUGUUAGAUCGGGCCAAGAGCGGAGUCACGGAUCUUGAGUCGUGGGAUAAGUACAACUCUACAUUUCAGAUGAUUGUCUCGUUGGCAGCGGCAGUGGUCAACACGACUGAUAGCGAUGCACCCACAUCGACGACAUCUUUGUUGCCGCCUGAUUCUUUCAAUGAAGGUUGUAAGAGGCCCUCCUUCUCCCUGGAUAUGGGGAUCAUAUGUCCCCUAUACGACGUGGCUACCCUAUGCCGUGACCCCUUUAUCCGCCGAGAGGCCGUUAAGGUGCUCCGGUCCGCCUCUCGCCAGGAAGGUCUUCUCAAUAGCCACCUGUGCGCUGUCGUCGCGGAACAAGUGAUCGAGCUGGAAGAGACAGCCGCCUUACGGAGCGGCACAGACGAUCAGAGGUGUUUCGCAUCUGCCGCAUCACACCUACGAGGUCCAAAUUCAAACAGUCAAACUGAGGUUUCCAGCCAGCACAUCAAAAGGUCAUCCGAGGUGCCUCAUGCUGCGCGAUUCGUCUAUGCCUACCCCAAUUUUGAUCCUCUUUAUAAACAGGCCUUUCUAAUCCUGGCCGCUGGCCAGGCUGGGGAGAAUCAUACCAAGAUCCCCCUACCAGCCGUGACUGCUAUGCUGGAUAUGGAGUGACACUCUGCCCUGAAUGCUCACUUAUAAUCCUCAGCUGUUGAACCUCUUCUUUGCUAAAGCGUCCUGGCUAGCCAUGCUGAUACCUAUGAGCUGGAUAAAGACGAUAUACGGAGAUAACGACUCCACGUUUU